CCCGGCUUCCCCUCAUCAGCACCUCUCCUCAUGGCGCUUGUACACUCGGACCUACCCGAUCUGCCGCUCGUCUCGAAGGGUAAAGUGCGCGACAUCUACGCGCUGCCCCCCUCGCCCGAGCACCUCCUCUUCGUUGCCUCCGACCGCAUCUCCGCGUACGAUGUCAUCCUCAACAACGGGAUCCCUGCGAAGGGGAAGCUGCUCACGCAGAUCUCGCUCUUCUGGUUCCGCAAGCUGGCGCAUAUCAUCCCGAACCAUUUUGUGACGGCGGAUGUGGAUGCGAUGCCGGAGGGGGUGAGGAAGUACAAGGACCAGUUGGAUGGACGGGCGAUGCUGGUAAAGAAGGCGAAGGUGGUACCGCUGGAAGCGAUCGUGAGGGGGUAUAUAUCUGGCUCUGCAUGGGCGGAGUACAAGAAGAGCGGCACCGUGCACGGUAUGCCCGCGCCGCCGGGCUUGGUCGAGUCACAGAAGUUCCCCGAGCCCAUCUUCACACCAUCCACCAAAGCCGACCAGGGCGCCCAUGACGAGAACAUCUCCGCCGAGCAGGCCGCCAAACUGGUCGGCCAAGACCUCUACGACCGCAUAUCCCGCGCCGCCAUCGCUCUUUACAAGACCGCCGCCGACUACGCCGCCACUCGCGGUGUCAUCCUCGCCGACACCAAGUUCGAGUUCGGCCUCAUCCCCGGCGCGGACGGCAAGGACGAGCUCAUCCUCGUUGACGAGCUGCUCACGCCCGACUCAUCGCGGUACUGGCCGGCAGACUCGUAUAAUCCCGGCGGGCCGCAGCCGAGCUUCGACAAGCAGUACCUGCGGGACUGGCUCGUGAGCAAGGGGUUCGAGAAGGGGCUGGAGAGCGGGCCGCCGGGGCAGGAGGGGCAGGGGUGGACAAUCGACGAGGAUGUGGUGGAGGGGACGAAGAAGCGGUACGAGGAGGUCGUGAGGCUGUUGGUGGAGUGAGGAGGUGUAGGUUAGGAGAGGAAUCAUCGAUCGAAACAGGGCACCGCUGCGUUAGGGAGCGACUGCAGGAGAAGGCGAGAAGAGGUGUACAGAUGGCAAUAGCCACCGAUUAGAUUAUAUAAGUGUACAACAGAGUUAGUGUUCGUGAGCGUC